AUGAAAGAAGACUUGAAACUCUUCUCAUUCGGUAAUCAAGUUCCGGAGUUUUAUCCGACUACUAAGGACAACUAUGGUCUUUGUCUUGGACGACUGCGAACAUUAAUAAAACGACUCCAAAAUAGCAAACCACUGCUCAAUCGAUGCAACGAAAUAUUUAAAAAACAAAUGCAACUUAAUAUUAUCGAAGAAGUAAAACCGGAUAUGAAUCAGGUUGGUGUUAUACAUUAUUUACCGCAUCACGAAGUAUUAACUCCAGCAAAUCAACAAUAA